UCCUCUAGCUGUCUGUCGCUCACCUGGGUCACUUUGAACAAGAACAGUGGUCGAUCACUGUGAUAUCAGCGAAGUGGACCAGCAAAAAACUCUUCCAUGGCUUCUCCUCUAAAAGCGGGAUUUCACAGACUAGAGAUCCAAAAAACGACAUGGGAUGUUCCAGACCGAUACACGUGCCUCAAACCGGUGGGCUCUGGAGCCUAUGGGACAGUAUGUUUUGCAAUUGACAAGAGGACUAAGGAAAAUGUGGCCAUUAAGAAGCUAUACAGACCGUUCCAGUCUUUAAUACAUGCUAAACGUGCUUACAGAGAACUCAGGCUACUUCGAAACAUCCAACACGACAAUGUGAUCUGCCUGCUCAAUGUCUUCACCCCUGAUUCCUCGCUGGAGAAAUUUGAUACUUUCUAUAUGGUGAUGCCAUUUGUGGCGCAGGAUCUUAGUCAUAUCAUGAAGAAGAAACAAUUAACCAACAGAGUCAUCAUAUACCUCUUCUAUCAGAUUCUCAGAGGACUCAAGUAUAUCCAUUCAGCUGGGAUCAUUCAUCGGGAUCUUAAGCCUAGUAACCUUGCCGUGGAUGAAAACUGUGAAUUGAAGAUUCUGGACUUUGGACUGGCAAGACACACUGAAACAGAGAUGACGGGAUACGUGGUGACACGCUGGUACAGAGCCCCCGAGGUCAUUUUCAACUGGAUGCAUUACACUCAAACAGUUGAUGUUUGGUCCGCUGGCUGCAUCCUGGCUGAGAUGAUAACAGGAGAGGUGCUUUUCCCAGGCAGUGACAGUAUCGACCAGCUUAAGAAGAUCCUCAGCCUGACAGGCACGCCAAGCUCAAUGCUUGUUCAGAAAAUGCAAAGCAAAGAUGCCCAGUCAUACGUCCGAUCUCUUCCAAUCCAGAAGAAAAAGGCUUUCAAAGAGGUCUUUCCUAAUAUGGAUUCUGAUGCCAUUGAUCUAUUGGAAGACAUGUUGGUUCUGGACCCGGAGGUCAGACUUACAGCAAAAGAUGGCUUGUCGCACCCGUACCUCUCUGAGUUUCAUGAACCUGAAAAUGAGCCUAUAUCAGCCCCAUAUGAUGACUCUUUUGAGAGUCUAGAGCUGGCCGUCAGCGAAUGGAAAAGUCUUAUCCAUAUGGAGAUCAUGACAUUUGAUCCAGACAACCCAGGAGUUACUGCAACAUAAUAGCUUAUCACAUCUGAAGAGCAAACAACACUCCCAAGAAUGAUAGACAGUGUUAUUGAUUUGUUUCUUAUCACAAACUGUCUAUAAAACCAAUGCUAUAUGUUGAGAGGAUUUGAACCCAAUAAUACAAUGUAUGGUGAACUGUUUUAAUAGCUGAUUUUUAAACUUUUACAUUUGAUUUAAUGUAGCUCUCAUUUAAACCUUUUUAUAGCAAACACUUGGAGCUAGCUAGCUUUAAAACCCAGUAGUUAUUGAUAAUUUGUAAAUGUAUUAAACAACCUUUAAAGACGUUUUAAAGCA